AUGUCGAAGAAGUCCGUCUUCGCCUUUGUCCAACUCUGCUGCCGCACGGCGGCGCUCAGGCCGUCGUUGCUGCAACCGCAACCGCCGGUACAUCUUGCAGCUGCUAGCAGCAGCUGGUUCCCCGGCCCGGCAAAAACAACAACAACGCCGCCACGAGGGCGUGGCGGCCCACAAACCAGAUCAAUCGCUACGGGCUUUGUCCUGCCGCUGAACGCCCACCUCGGCGGCGGUGAUGGCCGUGCCAUGUCCGCGGCUAGCGGCCGGAGACAAGCAGCCGGGCGGGCGGCGGGCACGACAACAACGACGGCCGCAGCGGUCCUGGCAGCAACGCUGCUGCUUUCGUCGCCGUCAGGCGCGGUAGCCGGCGGCGGCGCGGCGCCGUUUGGGGGAUGGGCGGCGGGGCGGCGCAGGGGGGCGCACGCGGCGACGACACCGUCGAUGGCCGCUUCCGCGGUGGAAGAGGGGGUGACGGCGGUUGGGCGGGGCGCACCCGGUCAGGACGGUGCCGCUUCGAAGCCACCGGUUGUUUUCGUCCUCGGUGGUCCUGGGUCUGGCAAAGGGACGCAGUGCGAGCGACUCGCGAAGGAGUAUGGGUACGUGCACCUCUCGGCGGGGGAGCUGUUGCGCCAGGAGCGCGCCAGCGGCUCGAGCGACGGGCAGCUGAUCGACGACUACAUCGCCGAGGGACGCAUCGUGCCCGUCGCCAUCUCCCUGGCUCUGCUGAGGAAGGCAAUGGAGACGAGCGAGCCUCACUCGAGGUUCCUCAUCGACGGCUUCCCGCGGAACAGGGACAACAUGGAGGGGUGGGAUGAAGCCAUGGGAGACGUAGCGGACAUUCGAUCGGUGUUGUUCUUGUACUGCCCGGAAGACGUGCUCGAGAAGCGCUUGCUCUCGAGGGGCAAGAGCAGCGGAAGGACGGACGACAACGCCGAAACCGCGAAGCGGCGGUUCCAGACGUACGUGGAAAUGACUUUGCCGGUGGUGGAGGAAUUCCAGCAGAAGGGAAUCGUCCCCCGCGUUGACGGCAACCAAGACAUCGAGUCUGUGUUCCGCGACGUCCUUCUCGGGCUAAAAUCGGUGCACGAGAAGGAGGUGUUAGACGCGAACCGCUUGGCUGUGGAGGCCGUCUGCACAGGGGACUGGGCGGCGUACGCGCAGCUGUGCGCGCCGGGUAUGACCGAAGUGCUAGGGGGGGGACUGGCGGCCGUAUCCCCGGACGAAAGCGCCUCCGCCUCCGCCUCCGCGUCGCCGGCGGCGAUUUCGAGGCCACAAGUGCGCAUGCUCAAGGGUGGGGCGGCGGCCGUUGUCUCGUGCGAGCGGCCGCGGGGGCCGGGCCUGACGGGCGGCGACAGCGGCACUGCGGUCCGUGAGACGAGGGUGUGGGAGAUGCUGGACGGCCGAUGGAAGUGCGUCCAGUGUCACACCUCGCUCUGA